UGCCCGCUCGUUCUCUAUCUCAUCGAUGUGAUCGACACUGAUGUAUCUCUUGCAAUGGCAGUUCACGUGUCUUACUCUUACCGUCUUGUGGAGCAAAACGGUGGCAUUCGAAGUAACUCGAACAAGUACCACUUGUGAUCGGGGAAUGAUACACGUAGACUGCAUCGACUAUUGCCCGCCAACGUGCCUUACUCCUACAUAUCCAGGAGGUUGUUUCGACAACUGUCUACCGGGAUGUGAUUGUCCACUAGACACUUGGUACGAUGACGUAGCUAAUUACUGCGUUGAAAAGGGAUACUGCAAACGCCAAAGAGGCUCUGACAUUAGGCCAUGGCCAUGUAAGAAUAACCUCGUUCCCGCAAUUUGUGAAGACGACUGCCUUCCUACUUGUCAAGAUCCUUUCUCGAAUGGAUGCAACACCAAUUGUGUUAGUGGUUGUCAAUGUCCAAAGCCACUUGUCUAUGACUCAGCUACUGAGACUUGCUUUCCCGUGGACGAAUGUCCAACAGAAUCACCAACGACAAAUUCUUCUGAAGCUGGAGUUUUACCUACGACUGUGACAGCAUUCUCUAGUCAAUCGACCACAUCACAUUCAUCUCAUCGACCAUCUUCAAGUGAAACAACACAACUUAAUACUCCAACUGUUGCGUCUCGUUCUGAUUUUAGUAACGUGAGCACUAGUCAUACUACUGACAAUGUUGUCACCACAGCAAGCAAUAGAGUUUCAAAGACUGACACUUUGCCAUCAACAGCAGAAAAUAAUAUGACGUCAUUAACUCCUUCUAUAGAUACUACCUUGACAACUAGAAAACAGAACACCUCAACACCAUUGUCAUACAACCAACGACCUAGUCAGGAGAUAACAAUUACUGUAAGUGGAAAACACACUACUGAAGUACCGAUAAAUGUGAAUCAAACGAGUCAUCCUGUACUAACAACAACAACAACAACAACAACAACAACAACAACAACAGAACAGACUAAUUCACUAGCAUCAUCGUCAUCUACUGAAUCAACGACGGAAACAAUCUCAGCUAGUUCACUGACACUAUCUACUGCUACUGCAAAGACAAGUUUAGUAAACUCAACUUCACUAGCAACGUCUACUGCUGCUUCAACGACUAGUCCAAACCCAACGACGUCUAUAAAGAAGACAGUCUCACUAGCAACAUCUUUUCUUGCCACAACGUCUGGUUCAAAUCCAGCAACAACUGCAGAACAGACGACUUCAAAUGCUCCAUCCACUGCUACUUCAACGCCUACUCUACUUGUUAGCACAACAACAACAAAGACAACUUCAUUAGCAUUAUCUACUGCUGCCCCAACAAGUAGUCGAAAUUUAACAACAUCUGCAAAAGAAUCAGUCACGACAGCAUCAGAAAUUGGUACAAACUUAGCAACAACUGCAGAACAGACGACUUCGUUACCAACAACUGGUGCUACUUCAACGGUUAGUUCAACUGUAACGACGACUGCAAAACAGAACACCUCACCAUCUUUAGCUACAGUCGACUUAACGUCUAAUCCAAAUCCAACAACAGCUGCAGAGCAAACGACGUCACUAGCGCCAUCCAAUGCUGCCUCAAAAACUGCUACAAAACCAUUUACAUCUGCAAAGCAAACGACGUCACUAGCUCCAUCUACGGCUUUUUCGACGACAGGUACAAAUCCAACAACAGCUGCAGUAAAGACAUCAUCAGCUCCAUCUACUGUUGCUUCAACAAUUGAGGCAAGCCCAACAACAGCUAAGAAGACAAUUUCACAAACACCAUCUAUGGCUACUCCUAACACUACUCCAAAUCCAACUGUAUAUACAGCUAGAAAAGAAACAACUUUACCAGCUUCGUCUACUGCUGCUUCAACAACUAAUCUAAAUCCAACAACAGAGAAAACAAGUUCUCAAGCACCAUCUAUAACUACUCAUACUCCUAGUUCAAAUCCAACAACAACUGCAAAAACUACAACCUUACCAGUUUUAUCUACUGCUGCUUCAACAUCUAGUGUAAACUCAACCACAUGUCAUAAGAAGACAAGUUCGCAAGCACCAUCUACAGCUACCUCUAUUCCAUAUCCAACAACAGCUGCAAAAAGGACAACUUUACCAUUUUCAUUUACUUCUGCUUCAACAACUGAUCUAAAUCCAACGACAAAGACUAAAGCACCAUCUACAACUACUUAUACUUUUAGUUCAAAUCCAACGGCAACUGCAAAAAAGACAACUUUACCAUUUUCAUCUGCUGCUGCUUCAACAACUGAUCUAAAUCCAACAACAGAGAUAACAAGUUCUCAAGCACCAUCUAUAACUACUUAUACUGUUAGUUCAAAUCCAACGGUAGCUGCAAAAACGACAACUUUACCAGUUUCAUCUACUGCUGCUUUAACAACUCGUCUAAACCCAACAACAUCUACUAAGAAGACAAGUUCGCGAGCAUCAUCUACUACUACCUCUAGUCCAUAUCCAGCGACAGCUGCAAAAAGGACAAUUUCACCAUCUGCGUCUACUGCUGCUUCAACAACUGGUCAAAAUCCAACGACGAGUGAAGCACAUACAAUCUCUUUGGCGCCCACUACGUCCGUCUCAAUUACUCGUAAAAACUCAGUGGAAACCACAAAAAUGACAAUUUCAUCAAAACAAUCAACGUUUGUACAAACCUCAAGUCAAAUACCAACAACUGUUGGCAAUAAGGGAACUAUUUCUUCAGCUACCAAACCCACAAAUUCAAAAUCAAGAACAACUAGAAACCAAAGGCCACCAACAUCAUCAACAGGUAAACAACAAAACACUUUAGCGUCAAAAGAAAGCAGUUUUACAGUAUCAAAAACAGAAAAUGUUCAUGCCACUUCUUCGUUCAUAUCAGAUUAUACACAAGGAACUAGCCCUACAAGUCUCUCUGGAAUAAGUACAGCAGCAGUUGCAGGCAUAGUUACAGCUGCAGCAGCAGGUGCAGUGAUUUGUGUGUUCUUAGGAUAUUUGUUCUUCAGAAGAAGAAGAAACAGGAGACAUCGAUACUCAGUACUAGAUGACCGGGUGAGCUUUAUAAAUUCGGUACACGACGCAUUCCAGCUGGAAGCAACACACUUCGAGCGCCAUGACUUAGAAGACGAAUUUCAAAGUCAUCAACCAAGUCACGACUCAUGUUCACGUGAUCUCAAUCCUCCACGCUUUGUAUCUCGUCCCUCCGACUUCUUGCAACACUGCGGUAUAACAAGCUCGCUCUCUAUUAUGAGACUCACAAUCUUCAUUGCAACUGCGUUUCUGCUCGUCUCUACGAGCGCGUUUCCGUCCGGUGCUCCGAGCUUCAUCUGUGACACGAUGGUGCCACUCCACGGUGUCUCGCCUCACGCUGGAAAUGGAGGCUACAACGUGACUAUCAACGGUGGAAGCUCUUUCAUGCCUGGCAAAGCAAACAUUGUCAAACUGGCUGGGGUCACAGCAUUCAAAGGAUUUUUGAUCCGAUUCUCUACCAGUGCGACGUCGGCGACUGCAACGGCAAAUGUAGGCAGUUGGGGGACUGAGAUGCCGUCUAAUGCUAAAGUUGACUGCGUAGACAAGUCAGGAGUGACCCACACGGACAACAAACCUAAAUUGUCGAUGACGUUUCAAUGGAUGGCUCCAGAGAAGGCUGAAACCGUGUAUUUCCACCUCAGCGCGCUAUUGCUGCCGGGCGUGCGCUCUUUUACUGGUCCACCUGUGCCUGAUUGUGCUGACACUUCAUAUGGUUGCUGUCCUGAUAGAGUAACUGCGGCUGCAGGUCCGAAUGCUAAAGGAUGUCCAUCUUUUCCAGCAUCUGGUUCUGGCUUUGCUACCCGUCCACCUUUGAUUGGAGGUUGUGCUGGUACUCGUUACGGUUGCUGUCCUGAUGGAGUAACUGCUGCUGGUCCGAAUACUGAAGGAUGUCCAUCUUCUUCAGCAUCUGGUUCUGGGUUUGCUACCCGUUCCCCUUUGAUUGGAGGUUGUGCUGGUACUCGUUACGGUUGCUGUCCUGAUGGCGUAACUGCAGCUCGUGGACCCAACCAGCUAGGAUGUCAAUCUACUUCAGGAUCUGGCUCUGUGCCUGCAACUGGUCCACCUGUACCUGAUUGUGCCUACACUCCAUAUGGUUGCUGUCCUGAUGGAGUAACACCUGCUGGACCAACUUUUAGACAAUGUCCAUCUUUUUCAGCAUCUGGCUCUGGCUUUGCUACCCGUCCACCUCUGAUUGGAGGUUGUGCUGGUACUCGGUACGGUUGUUGUCCUGACGGUGUAACCGCAGCUCGUGGAAACAACCAGCUAGGAUGUCAAUCUGCUUCAGGAUCUGGGUCCGGUCACGCUACUCAUCCACCUCUGAUUGGAGGUUGUGCUGGUACUCGUUACGGUUGUUGUCCUGACGGUGUAACUGCAGCUCGUGGAAACAAUCAGCUAGGAUGUCAAUUCGCUUCAGGAUCUGGCUCUGGUUUCGCUACUCGUCCGCCUCUGAUUGGAGGUUGCGCUGGAACUCGUUUCGGUUGUUGCCCUGAUGGAGAAACAGCAGCCGCUGGAAGAGACUUUUUCGGAUGCCCGUUCCCUUCAGGAUCUGCUUUUGAAUCUGGCUCUGCAACCAGUCCGCCUAUUAUUGGUGGUUGUAGAGGCACUCGGUACGGUUGCUGUCCUGAUGGAGUGACUGCAGCUCGUGGACCCAACCAGCUAGGAUGUCAAUCUGCUUCAGGAUCUGGGUCCGGUUACGCUACUCGUCCACCUCUAAUUGGAGGUUGUGCUGGUACUCGUUACGGAUGUUGUCCUGACGGUGUAACUGCAGCUCGUGGAAACAAUCAGCUAGGAUGUCAAUCUGCUUCAGAAUCUGGCUCUGGUUUCGCUACUCGUCCACCUCUGAUUGGAGGUUGCGCUGGAACUCGUUUCGGUUGUUGCCCUGAUGGAGAAACAGCAGCCGCUGGAAUAAACUUUUUCGGAUGCCCGUUCCCUUCAGGAUCUGGCUUUGAAUCUGGCUCUGCAACCGGUCCGCCUAUUAUUGGUGGUUGCAGAGGCACUCGCUAUGGUUGUUGUCCUGAUGGUGUAACAGCAGCUCGUGGAAUAAACCAGCUAGGAUGUCAAUCCGCUUCAGGAUCUGGGUCCGGUUACGCUACUCGUCCACCUCUGAUUGGAGGUUGUGCUGGUACUCGGUACGGUUGUUGUCCUGACGGUGUAACUGCGGCUCGUGGAAACAACCAGCUAGGAUGUCAAUCUGCUUCAGGAUCUGGCUCCGGUUUCGCUACUCGUCCGCCUCUGAUUGGAGGUUGCGCUGGAACUCGUUUUGGUUGUUGCCCCGAUGGAGAAACAGCAGCCGCUGGAACAGGCUUUUUCGGAUGCCCGUUCCCUUCAGGAUCCGGUUUUGAAUCUGGCUCUGCAACCGGUCCGCCUAUUAUUGGUGGUUGUAGAGGCACUCAGUACGGAUGCUGUCCUGAUGGAGUGACUGCAGCUGCUGGAGCCAACUAUCUAGGGUGUUCGUCUGUGACGGAGUCUGGUUCCGGCUCAGGAUUUAUGACAAACCCUCCAGUAAUUGGAGGUUGUGCGGGAACGCGCUACGGCUGCUGCAUAGACGGAAUAACUCCUGCACUGGGCUUUAACUUUACGGGUUGUGACUCAGCUUCAAGCGGAUCCGGAACAAUCUCUGAAAUCCCAACUGACUUUCCCUCAACUCACCCAACUGUUUUCUCUGAAUCUGUUACCGUAAAAACACAAACAACAUUUCCACAAACGACGGAAGCAACAGGAUCAACUAUCCCAGCUAAUAGUGCCGCUUCGGCAAGCCCCACCAGAAAACAAAGAGAAGCAACAAGUCAAACUCCUACAGCUACAGCUGUAGAAGCUACAACAGAAGAGACAAUUCAAACACAAGAAACAGUCACGACAGCAGCUGCAACGGUCAGUGGUGGUACUACCAAACGUGCUGCAACAAGAGUAGCAACAGUUGGAGCUACUACAAAGUCAGAUGAGAUCACAACCCAAUCCGUUGCUGCCACGACGAAGUCAACUGUACAACAACCUACUAGACGUACAGCAAGAACAACAACAGAACCUCGUGCCACAACCAGAGAAGGAAGAACCAGAGCCUCAAAAACAGGCACUGUUAGUACAAAGUCUACAGCUGCAAUCACGACUAAGCCAACAGCAAUUAUUACCACAAAGAGCGCCAUAAGUCCAGCAAUCACUAGAGAAGCAACAAGAAAGGGAAUAAGAACUACGAAUGCAGUCACUAACGCAAAAGAGACAGAAGGCAGUAGAACAAGAGCUACUGCUGCUACCACAGGAUCGCCUGUUGUUGUUACCACAUCUAGAAUGUCAACAAAGAGAGCCACGCGUGCGACGAGAGCAGAAAGUACAACUCAAGUUUUGUCAAAAUCGACAAGCAAACAACAAUCCACAAGCAAACAACAGCCCACAAGCAAACAACAAUCCACAGUAAUGACAGUAACUACUAAAACUACAACUCAAGUUGCGUCAAAAUCGACAAGCAAAAAACAACCCACAAGCAAACAACAAUCCACAGUAAUGACGACAGCAAGAACUACAACGCAAGUUUCGUCAAAAUUAACAAGCAAACGACAGCCUACAACUGCAAAACCUACCGACAAACAACCAGCAAGUAGCAAGCAAACAGCAACCAUAAAUACAACACAAAGAUCGGCAUCCAGUAGCACGACAGUAGGGAGUAGAACAUCUCCCUCAUCUGCAGCCAGUUCUCAAGUAACAAGGGCAAGCACUACAAACGCAGCAAACACUCAGACUUCAGCAUCGACCGUCUCACAGUCGGUCGCAGUUAGAAGUUCUUCGCAAGCAUCCGUUUCGCAAACGGAAAGUGGUACGACAAACAGAAUAACAAGAAAACAAACCGAAGCUACAGACAGACCGCAAAGGACUCGAUCACCAAUUGCAACCCCGACUCGUUUUUCGGCCGAGGAAAUUAGCAGCGCAGUUCAGAUGGAAAUAGACGGAAACGUCGACGAGUUUGAUACAAGUCAGUUCGAGCAGUACAUGUCAAACGUUUUAGGCUCGUACGUCAUAGUGAUAAGCAUCACUCAAGUGUCUCAAUCUCCCGCAAGACGACGCCUGCUUGCGUCGAGGUUGUCGAUUGUUUUCUUCCUAAGACAUCAAAACGGUAACAUUGUACAGCAAAACGACGCUCUCAAUCUUAUCAAUGAGAAUCAAGAUCAAAUCAGUCAACAGUAUGCAAACUUCGAGGCGCGCUCUUACGCUUUCGCUCAACCGACUGAAGGCUCGGGUGGUAAUCGCGGUCUAAGUGGAGGAGCGAUUGCUGGGAUUGUUAUUUCUUUGCUGAUUGUCGCUGGUGCAAUUGUGAUGGCGCUGUAUUUCUACAAAAACCGACGAACGGGAGGCUAUUCUCUUCCAUCGGAAUAUGAGCACACACGCAGGCAAUCAGAAACGCACUUUGCAAACCCGACAUAUGACGCGGUUCAGUCUACAGUAACAGUGAAGCCUCUUGAGGAAGCACAAUAAUAUAGCGCUUGCAUGCAUACGCAUUAGCGGCUAGAUUAAAAAUUAUUGCCAUGACGCAAAUGCAGGCACGUGCUGGCGCACACGAUUUUUUAUGAAGUAACGAUAGGCUAUUGUGUUGACGGUUUUUUAACCAGAUGCAUGCAGUCAUGCGGAAAUUCUUUACAAAUCGA